AAAAGCAAUAUAUGUUUUGUUGUUGUACAUCACAUGUGUGAAUAUCUACAUACUUUUCUACAUAUUCAUGUCCAGAGAUAGAUAUCUAGACAGGAAUAUGUAAACAUUUCUCCAGUGGGUCUGUAAUACUCCCUUCAUCAUCUCUGAUCCAUCGCCAGUGCUUCGCCACAUCCCCUCAUGCAAUCUAUCCCGGGGCCUAAAGUGGCAACAACCGAGUCCCUCCCAGUCGCCGGAUCCCUGACCACGUAAUGGGACCAGCCGCCGAAGAAGGAGAAGCAGGAGAAGAAGAAGCAAAAAAAUAGACGGAGUCAUCAAAUUUUUUCUAACCGGGUGGUGAUGGACGGCCUAAGUGUUUCUAAGUGAAUGAGUCGCGCUCGUCUCUCGUUCCUGGGACAAAUCUGAUCGGGUUGUCGCUAACGGUAUAUAAGGAAGAUAGGGUAGAGGGGCCGUCCAGAACAGCGAUCGAAACAUAUUUGUUUCACGAAGAGGUUGUCUUAGCGAUUAGAUUCAAACCUGCUGGUUCCUGGUUGAGUCUCGACUGAUGCUCAAAUGUGGUUACUACAGCUUCAGGGACGGUCUGUAGAUCAUUGCAUUGGUCAUGCUCAUUGUUUGGUUGUUUGACGGUAAACUACAGCCCGAACCGAUUGCCGCUGCAUCACGUUGGAGUUCCCAGGUUUAGGUGAUAAUUUGUCAACAUACAGCGGAGUAGGCGUAAUAACCAAGACGUUCUAGAGUUCGUGGAAUUACUUUUGUGGAAGUUGGAUUGUUUUAGUUUCGGAGUUGAAGAGGGGGUGGGGGGUGGGGUGGGGGAGGGGGAGGGGGGAGAGGAAGGAGGUGACAUGGAGGUGACGAAGUUGAAAGAGGCCGGGAACUACAGCUUCGCGGAGGUGAAAUCGUGCAGCUCAGGGAAUGAUCGCAGGAGCCAGACCGUGGUGGCGGACUUGGACGGCACCCUCAUUCGGGGGCGGUCCGCUUUCCCGUAUUUCUUCCUGGUGGCGUUCGAGGCCGGGAGUUACUUCAGGGCGCUGCUGCUGUCGCUCAUGGCGCCGCUCAUUGGGUUUCUCUACUACUUUGUGGACGAGGCGUCCGGGAUUCACCUCAUGAUCUUUCUCUCAUUCGCGGGGCUGAAGAUUAAGGACAUUGAGGGUGUGGCGCGCGCUGUGCUUACCAAGUUCUACGCCGAUGACCUUCACCCUGAGACUUGGCGGGUGUUCUCGAGCUUUGGCAAGCGUGUGGUGCUGACGGCAAACCCGCGCGUGAUGGUGGAGCCGUUUCUGAAGGAGGUCCUCGGCGCGGACGAGGUUAUGGGGACGGAGAUUGAGGUGAACAAAAAGGGCCGCGCUACAGGCAGGCUUCUGAAGCCGGGUGUUCUGGUUGGGACACACAAGGAGGAAGCUCUAAAGCGGUGUAACAUUGGAGGUGAGCGCCCGCACGUCGGGCUAGGCGACCGCGUUACGGAUUUCCCUUUCAUGGCGUACUGCAAGGAAGGCUAUGUAGUACCCAAAACGAAAGUGCCAGCCGUUAAGAAGCAAGACAUGCCGAAGCAGCUAAUCUUUCAUGACGGUCGGCUUGUGCAACUCCCAACGCCCCGUAAUGCUUUCAAAGUGCUGGCAUGGAUGCCUAUCGGCCUGCUUUUGUCCAUCGUCCGCGUCACGAUGGGUGUAUGGGUCCCCAUACGCUUGAUGCCACUGUGUUACAAACUCACAGGCAUCAACCUCGUUGUUAAGGGAAACAUCCCUGAGAAGCCCAAGAAUGGAGAACCCGGGAGACUCUUCGUCUGCAACCACCGGACUCUUCUGGACCCCGUCAUCAUCGCUCUGGCGCUUGGGCGCCCCGUCCCUGCCGUGACUUACUCCAUAUCCAAAGUCUCAGAGUUCCUGUCCCCCAUGCCAACAAUCGGCCUGUGCCGAGAUAGGGAGAAAGACUCGGCCAAUAUGAGAAGGGUGCUGAAAGAGGGUGAGCUCACUCUUUGUCCUGAGGGCACUACUUGCAGGGAGCCUUUCUUGCUUCGAUUCUCAGCUCUCUUCGCCGAGUUGAGUGACAGGAUUGUUCCUGUGGCCGUAAAAAUUAACAUGAAUAUGUUUCACGGCACAACUGCUCGCGGUAACAAAGCCAUGGACCCCUUCUUUGCUUACAUGAACCCUCGGCCGACCAUCGAACUCAAAUUCCUAGACGAGAUUCCAAAGAACAUGACAUGUGGUAGCGGAAAAUCGUCCAUUGAAGUGGCGAACUACAUACAACAUCUCCUUGCCGGAGAACUCGGAUAUGAUUGCACAGAUUUCACUCGCAAGGAUAAGUACCGGUUGCUCGCAGGAAACGAUGGCAUUGUACCUGUUAAGGAGAAAACGAGGUAAUGAAUCGACCUGCAAGCACAUUACCACAGAACAAGACAUUGAAAGUGCUUACGAUUCAGUAUCACUAGAUGGAGGGGUUAACCCCGACUCAGUACUAUAAGUGUAGAAUUCAGUGCCAAAGGCAAUAAACUGUGAUUGAUUGUUACAUAAACUCGAUGCAAUGCAGCUCAUCAGUGCGAGGAUGUAUUCAAGUAAAAAAUUUGGUUUGUUCUAA